GAAUCACCUGAGGACCUCCUGAGGACCUCCUGGACCACCUGAGAACCUCCUGGACCACCUGAGGACCUCCCGAACCACCCCCACCAUGUCCUCCACCCUGAUCCUCACCGUCUACAUCCUCACCUUCACCAUCGGCUUCCCGGCCAACAUCUUCACCUUGACCGUCCUGGCCACCAAAUGCGGCCGCUCCAACCCGUCCUUGACCUCCUGCGACCUCCUGCUCCUCAACCUGACCUUCUCCGACCUCCUCCUCCUCCUCUUCCUCCCUCUCAAGAUGGCGGAGGCGGCGGCCGGGAUGGUUUGGCCGUUGCCGGAGCUUUGGUGUCCGGUGGUGAAUUUCUGUUUCUACUCCAGCAUGUAUCUGAGUGGGCUUUUCCUGGCGGCCCUGAGCCUCAGGAGAUACCUGGGCGUGGUGGCCCCCGUCCGCUUCAGGGAGCGCAGGAGACCCGGCCGGGUCCUGGCGGUCAGCGGGGUCAUCUGGCUGGUGGCCUGCGGUCACUGCUCCGUCGUCUUCGUGGCCGAGUUGGGUGGGAGAGGAGAAGAUGACGUCGGUGGCGUUGGCGACGUCAGUGGCGUUGGUGGCGUUGGUGGCCCCAAGGUUGACCUCGUUGACCCCAAGACCUUCAACCUUCUUGACCCCAAGUUUGACCCCAAGGUUGUCCCCGUUGACCCCAAGGUUGACCCCAAGGUUGUCCCCAUUGACCCCAUUGACCCCAAGACCUUCAACCCUCUUGACCCCAAGGUUGACCCCAAGUUUGACCCCAUUGGCCACUUUGACCUCAUUGACCCCAAGGUUGUCCCUGUUGACCCCAAGGUUGACCCCAAGAUCUUCAACCCUCUUGACCCCAAGGUUGACCCCAAGCUUGACCCCAAGGUUGACCCCAUUGACCUCAAGGUUGACCCCAAGGUUGACCCCAUUGACCCCAAGGUUGACCCCAUUGACCUCAAGGUUGACCCCAAGAUUGACCCCAUUGACCCCAUUGACCACUUUGACCUCAAGGUUGACCCUGUUGACCCCAAGACCUUCAACCUUCUUGACCCCAAGGUUGACCCCAAGACCUUCAACCUCAAAUUCUCCAACCCCAACGACCCCAAACUCAACCCCAAUGACCCCAAUGACCCCAAAGACCCCAAAUUCUCCAACCCCAAAUGCUACGACGACUUCUCCCCCUCCCAGCUCCGCUUCGUCCUCCCCUUGCGCCUCGAGUUCUUCUUCGUCCUCUUCCUCGCCCCCUUCUCCCUCACCCUCUUCUGCUCGGCCGCCUUCGCCCGCGCCCUCCUGGCGCGCCCGGCGCUGCCGGCGCCCAAACGCCGCCGCGCCGUGGGGCUGGCGGUGGCCAGCGCCGUCAUCUUCGGCGUUUGCUUCGCCCCCUACAACGUCUCGCACGUGGUGGGGUUCUGGCAGGGCCGCAGCCCCGGCUGGCGCGUCUACGCCACCCUCCUGAGCGGCCUCAACGCCGCCCUGGACCCGCUGGUGUUUUAUUGUUCCUCGGGGAGGGUGAGGAGGGCGCUGGGAGGGGUGGGGAGGUGGAUGAGGAGGCGGUGGGAGGGUUAGAAUGGGGGUGAAAGGGUUAAAAAUGGGGUGAAAAUGGGGAUUAAAGGGUUAAAAUGGGUGUGAAAGGGUUAAAAAUGGGGGUGAAAGGGUUAAAAAUGGGGAUUAAAGGGUUAAAAAUGGGUGUGAAAGGGUUAAAAAUGGGGUGAAAAUGGGUCUGAAAGGGUUAAAAUGGGUGUGAAAGGGUUAAAAUGGGGAUUAAAGGGUUAAAAAUGGGGAUUAAAGGGUUAAAAAUGGGGUUAAAAUGGGUCUGAAAGGGU